CCCUGGCAUCAAUCUAGUCUGAGAGCCACUUUUAGCACUGAGGGACUACCGCUGUUGGACUCGUUUUGGAAAACUUGAUUUUGCUUCUUGCAAGCCUGAACCUUAUUUUGUGGAAUUACAAGCUCCCCGCUCUAAAUCGUCUGAAAAGAUGCUGCUCCUACUACUGGGAAUCAUCCUCCUGCACAUCGCUGGUCUGGUUCUCUUGUUUGUGUCAACAAUAGUCAGCGUAUGGACAUCAGGUGAAACUAGCACCUCAGACCUCUGGAUAAACUGCUCUACUGCCAAUGGAGGAUACCACUGUGAACCAGCAUCAUCUGGAGUGUGGAUUCAAGCGGUCCAGGCUCUCAUGAUUCUAUCCAUCAUCUUCAGCUGCCUGUCUCUCUUCCUCUUCUUCUGCCAGCUCUUCACUUUGCAGAAGGGUGGACGCUUCUUCCUCACUGGAACCUUCCAGAUCCUUGCCAGUUUGUUUGUGAUGAGCGGAGCCAUCAUCUACACAGUGAUGAGUCCGGAUUGGGUGCCGGAGACAGUCUUCUUCGGCUACUCCUACAUCCUGGCGUGGGUGGCCUUCCCUUUGGCGCUGAUCAGCGGACUCAUCUAUGUCAUCUUGAGGAAGCGAGAAUGAGCCAUCACUCCAUCCCAGUGUUCCCAGUAACCCCCUGUCCAAAUGCAAGUGUCAUCAGUGCUCCUCUGAAGUUUAAGUUCUGAUGCCUGAGUACCAAUGGCCACUGGAGCCACCGGCCAAUACAUCCAGAUCACAGCAAGGGGGGGUAAUACCAAACAUCAACAUGUAAACCAACACAAAAACAACCAAUACUGUCUCAGUUAAAAGAUGUAUAUAGUAUCUAUGGUUUAAAACCUAUUUAUAACACUUUUUACAUAUAUGUACAUAGUUUUGUGUUGCUCUGUCAACAGAUGAGCUUUGUUUCAGCUGAUUAAGUGCCUUGUUUGUUUGUUUGUAAUGAAGAAAUAAUUAGAUGCUAUUUUGUUGUGUAUGUAUGUAUUUUUGUUGCCUUUUUCUGUUUUGCUAAUUGCCAAAGAAUUAGUAAAAAAGUUUCUUGAAGUAUAUUAACCAAACUGCAUGUAUAGAAAUAGAAAGGUUAGAUGAAGAAGAUUUUUUGGAUGGGCUUGCUUCACAAAAAGAGUGGUAACAUCCAUGGACGUAGCAUAGCCAUGAAAUAUAGAUUUGGUCUUUUUCUAAUUGUGAAUUUGCAAGUUUCAGUGUUUUUAAUUUCAGAAUUUUUCUAUUUCUUAUUUUCAACAAAAGAUGGUGCUAUGUAUUUAUCAUUCCUAUUACUGAAAGCAACAGAGUUACUUUGUUAAUGUUUAGAGUCAAACAUCUUGCCAUGAAUUUAAGUGAGAAUCAGACAGAGGUACACUUGUACAUACAGUGCCUGACUGCUUCUAUAGGGAACACAGCCUAUUUCACAUUGCAGUGUCAGAUUUUUUUCAUCAGCUACUGUAAAACAAAAUAAUAAUAAUUGAGUUUGGGGUGGUGUAUCAAGUCACUUGGAAUGUCAGUAUUAUUCUGUGAGCUUGUGAGGAGUUGGAUCACAGUGAAAUUACUUUAUAUAAGCUUUAUAUUCGGUCUGUUUGCUUUACUUUUCCCUCAUUCUGAUGUUUGUGUUCACCUGGUGUGUAUGGCCGAUAAAGUCUCAAGAAGCCAAAUUGCCUAUUUAGUAGAAUACCAUAAAACAAAUUAAAACAAUGGGGCAUAAUAGCCUAAGAAAAUAAAUAUACAUCUAACGUUAUUAGAAACAAUUGUCACAGAGUUGAAGCCAUAUAAGAAAAUACCAGAUUGUAGGAAAAACAUAUUUAAUAUUAACUCUAUAUGUGAGGAAAAGGACAGAGAGGUUUGCAGUGAUGAUUCAAACGUCUGUUUCACAUACUUGAAGUUUUACAUGCUGCAGUCUCUGCCCACUGGCGCCUAGAUGGUUUUUUCUUCUACUAUAUAAAACACUGUUUAUAUGUUGUGCAUAACAGAUGUUGAUGUUGAUGUUGCUCUAGCCUAAAACAUUCACUUACUCAAUAAAACUACUCUCACAUUAUCUAAUACUGUGUAUUCCACUGAUACAAGGGACUGGAUUCAUGCUAACACUUAAUGCAUGUUGAGCUAGAAACUACAUAAAGCAGAAUUUCAAGUAAUUUCCUAGGCUGGUUAUGCUGUCUGCCUGUAAACUCUGAAACACACUGCUGUGCUCUACCUUACAGUGAUCAUUCUCCGGUGGAUUAAAUAAGCUGCCUUGUGCAUGUGGUUGCAAAUACUGUGACUUGUGUUGCACACACUGGGGCAAAGGCACGGCAGGUUGCACCCAAUGCCAGUUAUUCAAAACAUGCAGCUAGUGUUUCAGUGUCAACAUUGUCACUCAUAGCAUCAGAAAUUAGAGGACUUGGACGUGUCUUGUACACUGUAAGCAAGGGUCUGUCCUCCAACUGACAUCUCCUGUGAGAUACUGUAGCCUUCCAAAAUAGAGCUAUGUUGUGGUGGAUUAAAGUAUUUAAUUCUGAGCUUACACUACGUAGUCUGCUGUAGUUUUUCACAUGAUGUUCAUUAUUGGGUUCAGUUAGAAGAGAUUGCCUCUAAUGACAACUGCCCUUUCAUUUUGUGUAAAACGACAAUAAGUUCAAUUGUCCAUGCCAUGUUUACACCUAAACUUCCAAAUGCUCUUGAUACUACCAAAGCUAUUUGAGUUUAAUCAUUAAAGGAUGUUUCUUACCACCACGA